CUCAGCAGAAGGCGAAUCCCCCAUGAUGGACAGUACAAAUGGUGCCGUGACGCUUCCCUCACCCAUAACACAGUACAGAGCGGAAAGCGAGGCGCCUCCGCGGCGCAAAAAGAAGAAGGCCGUUAUAGAUGACGACGAGAAGCGGCGCGUGAGCAAGGUGGGCAGCUUCGGCAGCCCCACGGCAGGCAAGAGGGCCGAGGAGACGCCCCCGCAGAGGGCGUCCACGGCGUCUGAGGUGGGGGUGCCGCUGGGCGGCGUGCUCUUCCUGCUCCGCAAGCGGAACAGCGAAAACUUCUGCCUCAAGCUCUUCUUCUACAGCGUGUUCCUGGGGCUGUUUAUUGCCAUCACCAUGCUGGCAAGGCCUACCAAGUCAUCCUAUGAGAUGCUGGCGGCCGCACGGGGGCUCAGCGCAUUGGUCAGCCAGCCACAAUCACACUUGCACAUCCGUAUAUCUAUUUGUCCAUGCAUGCCGUGCGUUCUUCGCCUGUAUGCAUGCAGGAGGCAAUGCCGAACGCCAAUUUUGAGAAGACCUUUGUAGAUGUGGCGCACGACGGCGAUUGGUGGGAUUGGUGCCUCACGGUGCUGUCGCCGUUUCUGCGUAGUGCGUGGUGGACCAACAAGGAGAACCGGACGGGCCUGCUGUACAACGCCGUCUUCAUGCCGGUGCGCUUCCGGCAAGUGCGGGUCAAGGAGGACACCUGCAACACACCCGACGGCAACUCAGGUACCCACCUGUGUGAGAAGAACACCAUGCAGAAAUGCAUAUUGGCAAUGUGUGGGCAGAGAUGGCCCGUCCGUGCUGGGGCAAGUUCACGUCGAAGCAUCUGGAUGACAGUCUUUUCGGCGAGGAGUAUAAUAACACAUUCAAGACAGACAUGAACAAAGUGUCGGGCAAAGAGGUACAUACACAUAUGCACACCACCCCUCGACACGCGCCAGCCGGCAUUGGUAUUCAUUGAGCAGGGGUACGGUCCAUCGUACGGCCGUGCUGCACAUGUGGUGGACAUCAUCUUCGGCCCGAUGGUAGAGAACGGCACCGACAUUGGGCUGCUGACUCUGACGAGCGACAAUACGUCAGUGCUGCCUGACGCUGGUAGUGGCAUGCCAGUUGAGAGCGUGGAGGUGCCCUGGCAGCUGGCACUCAUGCUCAACGACACUUGGACAACCUACGCCACACGCGCUGUGAGUGAGAGAGGAAGUGGGAGGGCAGUCAACGAACCCGUAUGUGUGUCUCUGUGGCAGAUAAGCGUGGAGGCAGGGAUGUAUAACCCCAAUGUGGACUUGGCCAUGUAUGUGCGGUGGCACCUGGACAUCAGCCCGGGCGGCCGCGUCGAGCCGAGCAUCCUCUUCACGCCUUGCAGAUUGCUCCCAUACAGGUAGGAAGGCCAGAAUGAAGGGAGGGAAAACGGAAACGACAUUGCUUCUUGGCUUUGUUGUCUUCUCUUCUGUCUUGUCCAUGGUGGUACGUGCAGUCAGCCGAUCGACUGGUUCCGGUUGUGUUUGGAGGUGGCGUUCACGUGCUAUAUUGUGGUCUACUGGUGGAUAGAGUUCUAUGAAAUGCGGACGCUCGGGCUCAAAGCCUACUUCUUGUAUGUACCCAUCCCCCAACACAUGAACGCCACACCGAGGGAGACAACACACGGAUGGAGGGAUGCAUGUGUGUUCGGGCUCGAUCAGGUCGUUGUGGAACUGGAUUGAGCUGGCCAAUCUGUCGAUUUACUUGACCAUCCAGAUCUACUGGUUUGCAUACCUCUCAUUUGACAGGCAGAAAUUCACCAAGGUACACACUCGUACUGCUCGGCUAGGUAUGUCUCUGUGGCACCUGUUGGAUGUGCGUGUGUCAGGUGUUGGAUGAGUUUGGCGAGGAGUUCUUCCGCAUAGCCGACCACUACAACUUCACAUCCAACCUCGCCGCCUUCAACAUCAUCUGGGCGUUCAUCAAAGUCAGUAGAUGCACCCGGAUGCAGCCAUGUCUCCUCUAUGCUCUAUGUGGUGUGCUGUGCUGUGCUGCGCCGAUCAGGUGUUCAAGUAUCUGCAGAUGUAUCCGUCGAUGAACACCCUGUGGGAGGUGCUGUCGCUGUCGAUGAAGGAUACCCUCCCCUUCGCGGCGGUCUUCCUCCUCUUUGUCUUCGGCUUCACCUUUGCGGCCCACUGGCUGUACGGAUUCACUCUCAGGGAGUUCCACUCGUGGGGACAGUCAUUCUCGACACUCAUGCAGACACUCAGUCAGUGAUGAUGCAGACAGACAGACAAAAGAGCACACGAUGGUUGAUGGGGUGUGUCUAUGUGUGUAGGUGGUGGGCUGCCAUAUGAAGACAUGAAGCGGUUCGCGCCCGUUGCCACACCGAUAUUCUUCGCCGCAUGGUCAGCCACACACACCCCCACAGAGAGGACACAGGCAAGUAGCAAUGGCAUUGGUUGUCGUGUGUGUCAGGAUAUUGAUGAUAGCGUUAGUGAUGGUCAACAUGUUUGUGGCCAUCCUCACCGAUGCUCACACAGAGACACAAACACGACUGAGGAAACUGGAGGAAAUCGAGGUCAGCCAGCCAUUGGGAGCACGCAGGCGACUGAAUGCAUUGUGUUUCUGUGGGUGUGUGCAGGCGCGGCACACCGGCCGGUCAGCGCUGAUCAAUUUCUUUCAGGGCGUGUGGAGAUACAUCACAUCAUUCGUCAAGAAGCGAAGAGAAGCCGCAGGCUACAAGGUAGUCUCCUGCGCACACCACACGCUCCCUAAUCUCUCUCUCUCUCUCUGUGUGUGUGUGUCUCGCGCCUGUCAGAAGGAUCGCAGCGGCAUGUGGCCGCACGUCCCCGAGCAGAGCAGCAGCAGCAUGCUGGACAUGGACCAGAAGUCGCCCAAGCGGGAUGUGGAGGCGGGCGUCGUCGAGGGCGAGGGCGGCCCACUGUCUUCCUUCCAGCCGCAGGCGGAGGAGGACCACAUGCCCGAGACGCUGUGGGACUAUGACCCAAAGACGGAGGCGCUCAACGUCCUCAUGAAGAAGGUCACUCAUGAGAGAGAGCGAGGCUGGAUUGAUUGCACAGGCCAUGUGUUUGUGUGUGUAUGCAGCUGGAUCAGCGGAAGGGCUGGGAGCAUGUUCAGCGGGAGGUGUUAUCCAACAACACCGUCAAGAAGGCAGACGGGCUCGCACCGCUAUUCGGAGGGGACAUCGAGGCUGCCCGUGAGUUUGCCAAGCGUCUGAACCACCUUCUGACUGAAGGACAGGCGCUCACAUGGGUGAGGAGACAAGCGACAGCGAGAGACACACCAUCAGCCAGCCAGGUGUCCGCACCCCGUCUCCUUGUCUUGUAUGUAGGAAGAGCAGCGCGAGGAAGAUGAAGUGAAGAUGCUGCUUGUGCUGCAGACACAGGUCAGGAUACAAAUGGACGUAUAAAUGGGGAGACAUGAUGCAAAACCUUGUUUGUCUGCAGGUGAGUCAGCUGCACCAUCGCGUCAGGGCAGUCCGCAAGCAGGCCGAGAAGGCCCACAAGGAGCAGAAGCUGGCCUCCGCCCUUGCCCUUCCAGCCAGCAAGAAGAAGAAGAAGAAGAGCAAGGUGGAGGCCAAAGACAAGGACGCCGGCUCCCCGGUGCAAGAUCGCCCGAGCCCUGAGGGCGGCGGGUCCAUCGAGGAGACACCGCCCCAGCAACAGCCGCAGCCAUCUGCAGUCCUGCCCGGCCUGCCGUCACCAGCCCCACCGCACACGGAGCAGGCCCCUCGGCUCGAAUACACCAACGACUCUUACUUCGAGCGGCAGCCUUCAAAGGGCAGCGGCAGCCCCAGCCGGGCCCUGACUGUGAACCACAGGCGGUCCAAGGCACGCAUAGACCCGCUGUCUGCCUUCAGUGCAGGGGAGGGGGAGGGGGUCAGGACACCGCUGCCGGGGCAGGUGUCGGAAAUGGAAGAGGGAGACUGAGGUCAGCAGCCGUUUCCCUCUUUGUGUGUGUGUGGUUGGUGUAAAGGGCGACGGACAUUUUAUGCAUGCGUAUUUGCGUGGAUGCCAGCUAGAUUCGGGUCCCUCAUAAGUGCGUUUAGAUCCAUCCAUGGUUGCGUGCUUCCAUAUGUCGCUGUUCG